UUGCAGAGCUCUUUUUGGAAACCCCAAAAAAAAAAAAAAAAAAAAAUUUGCAGAGCUCUUUGAAAAUCGUAGACCUGAGUCUGAGUCUGUGAGGAAGGAGGAGGUAGAUUUGACGGCGAUGGCUCUCAAUCUCCGGCAAAGGCAAACAGAAUGUAUUGCGCGUAUGCUGAAUCUGAACCAACCUGUUAAUGCGACGGGUAUGGCAAACGAAGAGGUUUAUAAGAUGUUGAUCUAUGAUAAGUAUUGCCAGAACAUUCUCUCCCCACUCAUCCAUGUUAAGGAUCUUCGAAAGCACGGUGUGACGCUUUUCUUCCUCAUUGAUAAGGACCGAAAACCCGUCCCUGAUGUGCCUGCGGUCUACUUUGUCCAGCCCACCCAUGCCAACAUUCAGCGCAUCAUUGCCGACACCUCCAGCCUGCUCUAUGAUAGCUUCCAUCUUAAUUUCUCGUCCUGUAUCCCCCGUCCGCUUCUUGAGGAUCUCGCAUCUGGGGCUGUGAAUUCGGAUUCGAUUCAUCGGAUUUCGAAGGUGCAUGAUCAGUAUUUGGAGUUUGUGACACUGGAGGAUAAUUUGUUUUCCUUGGCACAGAAGUCUAGUUAUGUUCAGUUGAAUGAUCCCUCGGCAGGGGACCGUGAGAUUGAGGAGAUUAUUGAGAAGAUAGUUGGUGGCUUGUUCUGUGUUUUGGCCACCCUUGCUGUUGUGCCAAUUAUCAGGUGCCCACGUGGCGGACCGGCUGAGAUGGUAGCAUCGGCAUUGGAUCAGAGACUGCGUGACCACUUGUUGUCGAAGAACAAUUUGUUUACAGAAGGUGGGAAUUUUGUGAGCUCUUUUCAGCGUCCUGUAUUGUGUUUAUUUGACCGUAACUUCGAGUUGUCUGUGGGCAUACAGCAUGAUUUUAGGUACCAACCAUUGGUGCAUGAUGUUCUUGGGUUGAGGCUUAAUAGGUUGAAUGUGCCAGGGGAAAAGGGCGGGAUGAAGUCAUUUGAGUUAGAUAGCUCAGACCCGUUUUGGGCAGCAAAUUGGUCUUUAGCAUUUCCUGAAGUAGCAGGGGAGAUUGAGAGCCAAUUGAGUAAGUAUAAGAAGGAUGUUGAUGAGGUAAAUAGAAGGACUGGCGGGAAUGAUGGAACUGAGUUUGAUGGGACAGAUGUGAUUGGAAACACAAAACACUUGAUGAGUGCAGUGAACUCCUUACCUGAGUUGACUGCAAGGAAGCAGGUGAUUGAUAAGCACACAAAUAUUGCAACUGUGUUAUUGGGUGAGAUCAAGGAGAGGUCGCUUGAUGCUUUUGCCAACAAGGAGUAUGACAUGAUGGCUAGAGGGGGCAUUGAUCAAAAAGAACUUAUGGGUGCACUUAGAGGAAAAGGAACUAAGAUGGAUAAACUGCGAUUUGCUAUCAUGUAUCUCAUUUCAUCAGAAAGCAUUAACCAGGGAGAAGUCGAAUUAGUGGAAGCAGCCCUCAGGGAGUCGGAGGUUGAUACCCGUGCAUUUCAGUAUGUGAAGAAGAUCAAGUCGCUGAAUGUCUCAUUGGCAUCAGCAAAUUCUGCCAGCAGAAGCAAUAUAGUUGAUUGGGCAGAGAAGCUCUAUGGGCAGUCAAUUAGUGCCGUGACAGCAGGUGUCAAAAAUCUGUUAUCUAGUGAUAGGCAGCUGGCACUAACUAGGACAGUGGAGGCUUUGAUGGAGGGAAAGCCAAAUCCAGAAGUUGAUUCUUACCUUAUGUUUGAUCCUCGUGCUCCAAAGUCAAGCUCGGGAAGCAGCCAUUUAAAAGGACCUUUUAAGGAGGCUAUAGUGUUCAUGGUUGGAGGUGGAAAUUAUGUGGAGUACGGGAGCCUGCAAGAGCUUGUUCAACGUCAACAGCCUACGAGGCAUGUUAUCUAUGGAACCACAGAAAUACUCACAGGAGAGGAGUUUGUGGAGCAGCUUGCUCUUUUGGGCCAGAAAAUGGGGUUGGGUGGUGCUCCUGUUGCUGCUCCAACUCAGUGACAUUGGUCUGCAAUUUAGUGCUUAUUUACACAUGAAAGAAAAUGAUUAUGAGAAGCUAAGAAAACCGUGCGAGUGAAAAUGUAUAAUUUUCUGCAUAGUUUGAAAAAGUUAGCAGAGACUGUGAUGCUCUGUGGUGCUUUUUAUUAGUUUUUUUUAUUAUUAUUCUAAUUUGCCUACAUCGAGGCUUCAUAUGAGACUUUGAUCCACAUUAUCUUGGAUCACCACAAAGAGUCAAUUGGAGUUCAUAUUUUGUUAUAGCAUGUAAAAGUUUUUGUCAAUCAGAUAACUUUUGUGGUUAGAGAGA